CAUUUGACAGAUGACAAAUGUUUAUUAUGAACCAUUAACAAGUUGUUUAUAUUGUUCAUAAAUUUUGUAUUGUCUAUUUAUUUGUAUUUGACCAUGUACAGUAAUUAUUAGCAUGGCGAAUCUCAAAGCCGGUGGGCCAACAAAUCGGAAGAAAGUCCAAGUAUCGAUGGUAAUAUGCGAAGCCGAAGAAAAAAAGCACCGGUCCGGCGUUAACGCCCUACAGUUUGAUGCAAGCCUUUCCCGUUUGUUUUCGGCCGGCCGUGACAGUAUUGUUAGAGUAUACGAGCAGGAACGAUACCUACAAAGUAUGGAGCAUCACACUGACUGGGUUAACGACAUUGUGCUUUGUUGUAAUGGAAGGAAUUUAAUAUCAGCCAGUUCAGAUACGACCGUUAAAGUUUGGAAUGCGCACAAAGGUUUCUGUAUGUCGACGCUUCGCACCCACAAAGACUACGUAAAGGCUUUGGCGUACGCAAAGGACCGUGAGCAGGUAGCAUCGGCUGGUCUCGAUAAGUCAAUUUACUUGUGGGAUGUGACCACCUUAACUGCACUUACAGCUAGUAAUAAUACAGUAACUACUUCUAGUCUGGUGGGAAAUAAGGAAUCUAUCUAUAGUUUAGCCAUGAAUCCCUCUGGUAGUGUGAUCGUUAGCGGGUCAACUGAGAAAGCUUUAAGAUUUUGGGAUCCUAGAACGUGCGCGAAAUUGUUUAAACUUAAAGGGCACACAGAUAAUGUUAAAGCUCUAGUCGUAUCGAGGGACGCGACACAUUGCAUAUCUGGCAGUAGUGAUGGUUCAAUUAAAGUGUGGAGUUUAGGUGGGCAAAGGUGUACUCAAACUAUCCGUGUUCAUUCCGAUUCCGUAUGGGCAUUGUUGGCGACUGAAAAUUUCCAAUAUGUCAUUUCAGGCGGACGCGAUAAAAAAGUUAUCAUGACUGAACUAAAAAAUCCUCAAAAUAGUAUUGUGGUUUGUGUGGAAGACGCGCCGGUCCUCAGGAUGUGUUUUACAGCUGACCACCAAGGCGUUUGGGUUUCUACCUCUGAUUCCAAUAUCCGUUGUUGGAAACUUCCAAACGAAAAGCAUAUAAAAGAAGAAGCGAAGUUGCCUACCAAGCCAAUGGCUUUGAUACCAGGAGGUGCCGCUAUACGACAAGCUGUUGUGCUGAAUGACAAACGGCAUAUUAUUACAAAGGACACUGAUAACAACGUUGCCGUUUAUGACGUUUUAAAGGCCCAAAAAGUUGAAGAUCUUGGCCAAGUGGAUUUUCAACAAGAAAUUAAGAAUCGUUUCAAAAUAGUUUACGUGCCGAAUUGGUUUAAUGUGGAUUUAAAGACUGGGAUGUUAACAAUUCAUUUAGGCCAAGAUGAAGUCGAUUGUUUCUCGGCGUGGGUAUCCGCCCGAGAUGCUGGAAUCAAGGACGCACCUGAGCCAGAACAGAAAGUUAACUAUGGAAAACUGCUUUUACAGGCCUUAUUGGAACAUUGGCGAGGUGUCGAUACUGAUCCUGAAAAUAAACUAUAUUUUAGUGUUCCCCUUCAUACUCCCCUAAUAUUUAGUGAAGUUGGUGGCAGGACGCUUUACCGGGUAAUAGUCGGGGAUGCGGCAGGCGAUACGGAAACAUCACUACUCAACGAAACUGUGCCAAGCUGGGUAACUUCAAAUGUGGAGGAGAACUGCACAGGAAAGUUUAUUAAAAUUCAAUUCUAUUUACAACCACAUUCCAGUGUUCCAUCUCACUUACUGAAGCAAGAUCGCUUGAAAAAGCCGGAUCGUCUUGUGGCUAACGAUUUUAUUCAGUGCCGAAAAGUGGCCGAGCACAUUCUCGAUAAAUUGCUGGGCGAGGGAAACGCGGGAUCGCCGGGCGGCGUUGCCGAUACCGAUUCGAAUGCUCCAACGAACGGAAUGACGGCAGACCAAAUAGAAUUAAUGUGCAAUGAUCAGGUCUUGGACCCCUGCAUGGAUCUCCGAACUGUAAAAUAUUUUAUUUGGAAAAUGUCUUCAGAUCUAACUUUGUACUACAAACUCAAUAAUGUGAAAUAAACUGUGAAAUUGUGAUAGAUACCUACCUACAUACUUUUGCAUAAAGAUUGGUUCCACUAAUUAAUGACAUCUCGAAUUAAUAUAUUUAUGUAAACAGUU